AUGGAGGGCAAGGUUUGCAAAUCAUCUCUGAAAUCACUCAAUUUCAUUGUUCAUAAAAUAAAGGAAAUUCGAUCUGAGUACCUUCUCUCACGAAGUGAUCCACUGAUGCAGACCCCUAAGGUGAUCGAGAACGCAGAAGGUGCAAGAACAACACCUUCUGUCGUCGCUUUUAAUCAAAAGGACGAGCGCCUUGUGGGCACCCCAGCAAAGCGACAAGCCGUGACCAACCCCACCAACACUCUGUUCGGCACAAAACGCCUGAUCGGUAGGAGAUUCGCCGACCCGCAGACGCAGAAAGAACUGAAGAUGGUCCCCUACAAGAUUGUCAACGCCCCCAACGGCGACGCCUGGGUAGAGGUGAACGGGAAACAGUACUCCCCCAGCCAGAUCGGCGCCUUCGUUCUGCAGAAGAUGAAGGAGACAGCGGAGGCCUACCUGGGUAAAUCCGUCUCCAAGGCCGUCAUCACUGUUCCUGCCUACUUCAACGACGCCCAGAGGCAGGCCACCAAGGACGCCGGCAGAAUCGCAGGCCUCGAAGUCCUCAGGAUCAUCAACGAACCCACGGCCGCCGCUCUAUCCUACGGCAUGAACAACAAGGAGGGCUUGAUCGCCGUCUUCGAUCUCGGUGGCGGCACCUUUGACGUCUCCAUCCUCGAGAUCUCCAAUGGAGUCUUCGAGGUCAGAAACCACCACCAUCUCUACCUGCUAAUUCUGUACACACAAUCAGUCAAUCCUCCCUCAUCCAUCUAGCUGCCUAUCUACAGCUCAAUGACUGAUCUUGCUCUUUUUUUAUCAGGUGAAAGCUACCAAUGGAGACACCUUCCUGGGGGGAGAAGACUUCGACAGCGCCCUCCUGGACUACCUGGUGAACGAAUUCAAGAGAUCGGACAACAUCGACCUCAGCAAGGACCGGCUGGCCCUGCAGAGACUGAGAGAAGCCGCGGAGAAGGCCAAGGUGGAGCUCUCCUCCACCACCCAGACAGAGAUCAACCUCCCUUUCAUCUCCGCCGACGCCGGCGGCGCCAAGCACUUCAACGUCACCCUCACCCGCUCCAAGCUCGAGUCCCUCGUCGCCCACCUCAUCGACAGAACCCGCAUCCCCUGCGUCAACUGCCUCAAAGACGCCGGCAUCUCCGCCGCAGACCUCGACGAGGUCCUCCUCGUGGGGGGGAUGACCCGCGUCCCCAAGGUCCAGGAAACCGUCUCCAACAUCUUCGGGAAGCUCCCCAGCAAGGGAGUCAACCCCGACGAGGCCGUCGCCAUGGGUGCCGCCAUCCAAGGCGGCAUCUUGCGCGGCGAAGUCAAGGAGCUCCUCCUCCUAGACGUCACCCCUCUCUCUCUAGGCAUCGAAACCCUGGGAGGCAUCUUCACCAGGCUCAUCAGCAGAAACACCACCAUCCCCACCAAGAAGAGCCAGGUCUUCUCCACCGCCGCCGACAACCAGACCCAGGUCGGCGUCAAGGUCCUUCAGGGGGAGCGAGAGAUUGCCGCCGACAACAAGCUCCUCGGAGAGUUCCAGCUCUCCGGGAUCCCGCCCGCGCCUCGUGGGCUCCCCCAGAUCGAGGUCACCUUCGACAUCGACGCCAACGGGAUAGUCAAAGUUUCCGCCAAGGACAAGUCCACGGGGAAGGAGCAGGAGAUCACCAUCAGAUCCUCCGGCGGCCUGUCGGAGAAUGAGAUCGAGAAGAUGGUGAGAGAGGCGGAGCUGCACGCCAACAAGGACCAAGAGCGGAGGGCGCUGAUCGACGCCAGAAACGCCGCCGACACCACCGCGUACAGCGUGGAGAAGAGCCUGGGAGAGUACAGGGAAAAGAUUCCGCCGGAGGUGGCGGCGGAGAUUGAGGAGGCCGUCGCCGCCCUGAGGGCCGCCAUGGCCGGGGACAGCGCGGAGCUCAUCAAGGAGAAGAUGGACGCCGCCAACAAGGCCGUGUCCAAGAUUGGGCAGCACAUGAACCAGGGUGGCGGCGGCUCCGGUGGCUCUGAUGGGGCACAGGAAGCUGAGUACAAGGAGGCCAAAAUGUAG